ACAAUUCGGACAGACAAAAGAGAGCGCGACGAGGUUUUGUCUUCGUCCUCACGAAAAAAGAACAUCAUCAGUUGGUUUAUAAAAACUCGGACAAGGCUUCUUAUGGUUCGGAAUCUCCAAUGGCGCUUCUCCUGAGACCGCCUCGUCACCUCAGCUUCCGGACCAUGGCUUCUCGCUUCCUCGCUCGCUCUCCUCUCCACUCUCAUGCUCCCGCGUCUCGCUCCUCCGUCUUCUUCAGACCCAGAAAUGGCUAUCCAUUGAGGAGAGUAAUCAUUCAAUUGUCGAGCCGUCAGGCAGGUUUUGUGAGGGCGUUCAUGUCGACCAGCGCUGUGACUGAAGGUUUUCAAGGGAGCGCAACCUCAAAAACUUAUGGGUCUGAGCAAAUUCAGGUAUUGGAGGGCUUAGACCCUGUUAGAAAGAGGCCAGGGAUGUAUAUUGGAAGCACCGGACCGCGUGGUUUGCAUCAUUUGGUCUAUGAAAUACUGGAUAACGCGGUUGAUGAAGCUCAGGCGGGAUUUGCUUCCAACAUAGAUGUUGUUUUAUAUGCAAAUGGCUCUGUGAGCAUCACUGAUGAUGGGCGUGGGAUUCCGAUAGACUUGCAUCCUGUGACCAAGAAAUCUGCAUUGGAGACUGUGCUAACGGUCCUACACGCAGGAGGUAAAUUUGGUGGUUCUAGUAGUGGCUAUAGUGUCUCAGGUGGUUUGCACGGAGUUGGCUUGUCAGUGGUUAAUGCGCUGUCUGAGGCAUUGGAAGUUACUGUUUGGCGUGACGGAAUGGAAUACGAACAGAAAUAUUCUCGUGGGAAACCUAUGACAACUUUAACGUGUCAUGUGCUUCCACUUGAAUCAAAGGAUCGUCAGGGGACACGCAUACAGUUUUGGCCAGACAAAGAAGUGUUUACGACAGAAAUUCAAUUUGAUUACAAUACUCUAGCUGGGCGAAUCAGGGAGCUGGCUUUUCUAAACCCUAAUCUCAGGAUUACUUUCAAAAAAGAAGAUGAUGAUCCGGAGAAGAUUCAGCACAAUGAGUACUUCUACGCAGGAGGAUUGGUUGAGUAUGUGAGCUGGCUAAACAAUGACAAGAAACCACUUCAUGAUGUCGUGGGUUUCAGGAAAGAAAUAGACGGAGUCACAGUUGACGUUGCUUUUCAGUGGUGUUCAGAUGCAUAUUCCGAUACAAUGCUUGGAUAUGCCAACAGUAUACGGACGGUUGAUGGUGGGACUCAUAUUGAUGGUUUAAAGGCUUCAUUAACACGAACACUCAAUAACCUUGGGAAGAAGUCAAAGGUUAUCAAGGACAAAGACAUCAAUUUGAGCGGUGAGCAUGUAAGGGAGGGUCUGACAUGUGUUAUCUCAGUCAAAGUUCCAAAUCCAGAGUUUGAAGGACAAACGAAGACAAGGUUAGGGAACCCAGAAGUACGCAAAUUGGUUGAUCAAUCUGUGCAAGAGUAUCUUACUGAAUACUUAGAGUUGCAUCCAGAUGUGCUUGAUUUGAUACUUUCCAAAUCGUUGAAUGCCCUCAAGGCAGCUUUGGCAGCCAAGAGAGCCCGAGAGUUGGUGAGACAAAAGAGUGUUCUGAGAUCUUCAUCUCUUCCUGGGAAGCUAGCAGAUUGCUCAACUACAAAUCCAGAAGAAUCUGAAAUUUUUAUAGUUGAAGGGGAUUCAGCUGGUGGAAGUGCAAAGCAGGGCCGGGAUAGACGCUUCCAGGCUAUCCUUCCUCUAAGGGGAAAGAUUUUGAAUAUUGAAAGAAAAGACGAGGCAGCAAUGUACAAGAAUGAGGAGAUACAAAAUCUGAUCCUUGCUCUUGGACUUGGAGUGAAGGGAGAGGACUUCAAUAAGGAUUCUUUACGGUAUCAUAAGAUCAUCAUUCUGACAGAUGCUGAUGUAGAUGGUGCUCACAUUAGAACGCUGUUAUUGACCUUUUUCUUCAGAUAUCAGAGAUCCCUUUUUGAUGAAGGUUGCAUCUAUGUUGGAGUCCCGCCAUUUUACAAGGUUGAGAGGGGGAAGCAAGUUUACUAUUGCUACGACGAUGCAGAACUUAAGAAGCUUCAGAAUUCCUUCCCUCCUAAUGCAUCCUACAACAUUCAGAGAUUUAAAGGUUUGGGAGAGAUGAUGCCUUUGCAGCUUUGGGAAACGACAAUGGAUCCUGAACGAAGGCUUCUGAAGCAGUUGGUGGUGGAGGAUGCUGCUGAAGCUAAUGUGGUCUUCUCCUCUCUCAUGGGUGCCCGGGUGGAUGUCCGUAAGGAACUUAUUCAGAAAUCUGCAGCUAUGGUCGAUGUUGAUCAGCUGGACAUUUAGAGCCUCAACGGUAGAUGGCAGAUUGCUUCAGUCCAAUACAUUGUACGAAGCUAACAAGCAAAUUUUAGGCUUCACCUUUUGCAUCUUGGCACAUUGGGGCAUCGAAUCUAUGAUCAUCAGCUUUCGACUAUAGCACUUCUUUGUUGUAUUCUAAGGAAGAGGGAUAGGGCUUUGCAUUCUUGUGUAAAUUCUUAAUUGUUCUAUACUAUAGGUACAUCGAAAAUGUGCUUUUUUGAGCGAGACAUCUUUUAAACUUUGGUGCACGUCAUGAUUUCUCCAA